UCCUCUUUUCCACCAGUUCGACGCGGACGGCAUCUCUAUUCUCUCCUCAGCCCACCGCAGCGCAGCCGCCCCCCACCCCCGCCACGAUUAAAAACGAGGGUGAGAGAGAGAGAGAGAGAGAGAGAGAGGGAAAGGGCUCUCGUCCGGCGGAGAAAAAAGCAGGGGCCCUCUCCCGCGGCGAAUUGCAUGAUCGAAUCGCGCCGGGGCGGAUGAUGGCGGAGGAACCGGCGAUGGAUUUCGACGACGGGGGCUACGGCGGCGCCGAGGACAACCUCUCCAUGCCCCUCGGCGACUUCAUGGCCUUCCUCGAGAGCGAGCCCGCCGACGACGGGGCGGAGGACCCGCGGCCCGAGGCCAAUCAAGGUUCCUCAGAGGUGCCAGUGGACAUGACAGGUUUUGCAAAUGGGUUUGAAAGGCAUGAAGAAUUUUUGGAGGAUGAAAUGCAGGCCAAUCAAGGCUCCUUAGAGGUGCCAAUGGACACGACAGGUGUUGCAAAUGAAUUUGGAAGCCAUGAAGAAUUUUUGGGUGAUGAAGGUUUCUGGUCGCAAUACCAGAUGGAAGCAAUGGUGGAACAAGGAGAUGGAACCUUUGAUUACUCCGAUGCUAAGCCUUUGGUUGGCAGUGAUUUAUCUGGAAACUGUAGAACUACCAACCAUAACAACCAACCUUUACCAAGGGACACAUUAAACCAUAUAAAUGCUGCUGAAGAAGCAAAUGCAUUUCCAUACGAAGUUCUCUCAAAUUGUUCAUAUGUUGGUGACCAAAUGUACUUUGGCAAAGCACAGGUCAAAGCAGAGAGCCACUUAGAGGGCAUGGGGCCACCAACGAAUACUUAUUUGCCAUGUAAUCAGUUCCCAGAGCAAUCUGGUUUGAGUGAAGUUAAAAGUGAGGAUACAGGAGCAAUAUUGGAUAACACUGGUCAGGAGGGUAAUCAAUACAUACCAAUGAACACAUUCUCUCUUGACCAUAAUGCUGCCAUCCCUGAUGUUUCUUACACUGAACUGAACUUUGGUGAGGCAACUGGAAGCAUGAACAAUGGCAAUAGCAGCUGCCUAACUGUACAGGGAGAUUAUCUGCAGGGGGAGUUUGGGGAAUGUCCUAAAGCAGAGUAUGGUUAUCUUGAUAUGGCUGGUGAAAUGUCACUGCAUGAUUUGCCGGAUAACAAUCAGUCAUAUGAGAUGGAUCAGAUCCCGCAGAAUAUAUGUGAAAGCAGUUCGAUGCAGACGGGCUCUUCUGAUCAAUAUUGUGAUGAUACAUCUUUAUCAGGUUGCUACAUGACUUCCCCAGAGUCAUUAUCCUGUGAGCAGAUCCAGUCUGAAUAUGUUGGUUUAAAGAGUGAGUCUAGCACCGACUCUUCUCCAAUACCCUCAAGCAGAAACUCUACUACAGAGGAUGCUGAUAAAUACUUAGGAGGCUCAACAAAACAGUUGCUGAACUCUAGUUUAGUUCCUAUCAGCCACCAACACCCGUAUAGGAGCCUGACAGAUCAAAUGCCUCCAUCUUUUCAUGAACAACAAUACGAUAUUCACAGAAGUGGCAACUCCUUUACUCGGGGUAAUUUAUCAAGAAGUUGCUUCGGUGCAAAUGCCAAUGGCGAUUCUGAUUUAUUUAACCUUAGUAGUCAUCGUGCUCCUGGUCAUUUAUUGCCACCCCAGGGAAUCCAGGGAAAAGUAAAUAACUUCCAACAAUCUUUGUCUGCAAUUCCUUUUGUUCCUCGAUUUGGCGGGACGACAUAUAAGUCGCAUGAUGAAAGGGUGACUCUACGACUUGCGUUGCAGGAUAUAUCCCAGCCAAAGUCUGAGACUAAUCCACCUGAUGGGCUUUUAUCAGUUCCUUUACUGAGGCAUCAGAAAAUCGCUCUGUCAUGGAUGGUACAAAAGGAGAAAAAUGGUUCACACUGCUCUGGUGGAAUUCUCGCAGAUGAUCAGGGCUUGGGUAAAACCAUAUCAACUAUUUCACUGAUAUUGACAGAAAGAGCACCAUUACCAAGGUCAACUGUCAUUAAGCCAGAGCUAUGCGAAGCUGUAUCUCUUGACGAUGACGACGACGACCCCACUGAUCUUUGUUUGAAAAGGAGGUCACAGACAUGUAGUUCUGAAGUGACAACAAGCACUACAGUUAAGACAGAGAAUCAUAUUGUAGAGAUUAAGGCCAGGCCAGCUGCUGGGACUCUGGUUGUUUGCCCGACAAGUGUUCUACGGCAGUGGGCGGAAGAACUGAGGAACAAAGUUACCAGCAAAGCUAAUUUGUCCUUUCUAGUAUAUCAUGGUAGCAACCGUACGAAGGAUCCUAACGAGCUCACUAAAUAUGAUGUUGUGCUAACUACGUAUUCUAUAGUAAGUAUGGAGGUACCAAAGCAAUCAAGUCCUGAUAGUGACGAUGAAGAGAAAGGGAAGGCAGACAGAUAUGGUGCUCCUGUUUCAGGCAGCAAAAAGAGGAAGGCUUCAUCUUCUAAGAAAACUAAAAAGGCCGCAACAGAGAAGAGUAACUUACCAGAGAAACCUCUUGCGAGAGUAGCAUGGUUCAGGGUUAUUCUUGAUGAAGCGCAAAGUAUUAAAAAUUACCGAACCAAUGUUGCUGGGGCUUGCUGGAAUUUGAGAGCCAAAAGAAGGUGGUGCUUGUCAGGGACACCAAUACAGAAUGCUGUUGAAGAUCUCUUUAGCUAUUUCAAAUUUCUCCGAUAUGAACCGUAUUGUAAUUACAAGCAAUUUUGCACCAUGAUAAAAAUGCCAAUCAGCAGGCACCCAAUUAAUGGUUACAAGAAGCUACAAGUUGUUUUGAAGACAGUAAUGCUACGUCGGACUAAAGCGACAAUGUUGGAUGGAAAACCAAUCAUUUCCCUACCACCGAAGACCAUUUCUCUCAAGGCUGUGAACUUCACGAGUGAGGAGCGUGCAUUUUAUAACACCCUAGAAGCUGAAUCACGAGCACAAUUUAAGGUCUAUGCAGCUGCUGGUACUGUUAGGCAAAACUACGUGAAUAUCCUGCUGAUGCUUUUACGGCUCAGACAGGCAUGUGAUCACCCUCACCUAGUUAAAGGUCAUGAGUCUAGCUGGACCUCUUCAUUGGAGAGUGCGAAUAAACUUCCAAUGGAACGAAAACAUGAAUUGCUGGUUUGUUUGCAAUCUUGUUCAGCUAUAUGUGCUCUCUGCAACGAUGCACCAGAAGACGCUGUCGUUACUACAUGCGGUCAUGUUUUUUGCAACCAGUGCAUAUUGGAGCAACUUACUGGCGAUGACAGCAUAUGUCCAGUCUCUAAUUGCAGAGUCCGACUUAAUGCAACUUCAUUAUUCUCUCGAGGCACCCUUGAAUUCUCCUUGUGCAAAUCAACAAGUGAAUUCCAGUCUAAUGAUUCCUGUACAGAGAUUGUACAGACUGAAAAUCAAACUGGGAUUGAUUCAUCUUAUGCAUCUUCUAAAGUGAGGGCUGCCCUAGAUAUCAUUCUCUCAUUACCUAAAGUUGAUCCCACCCAUAGUGAUAGCAAAAAAACAAUUGGGCUUGCCUCUGAAAAUAUCAAUGGGAAGAGUUCAGAACAUGCUGACACCAAAACGACAGAGAAGGCCAUUGUUUUCUCUCAAUGGACUAGAAUGCUGGAUUUGCUAGAGGUUCAUUUGCAAGCUUCUCAUGUGACCUAUCGGAGGCUUGAUGGAACAAUGUCUGUUGCUGCUCGGGAGAAAGCCGUAAAUGAUUUCAAAACAGUUCCAGAGGUUUCUGUUAUGAUCAUGUCUCUCAAAGCUGCGAGUCUUGGUCUAAAUAUGGUGGCUGCCUGCCAUGUGCUUAUGCUCGAUCUUUGGUGGAAUCCUACCACCGAGGACCAAGCUGUUGAUAGAGCACAUCGUAUUGGCCAAACACGACCAGUUACAGUAUCUAGGUUAACUGUCAAAGAUACUGUUGAAGAUCGUAUUUUGGCGCUCCAGGAGAAAAAGCGGGAGAUGGUUGCUUCUGCUUUUGGGGAAGAUAAAUCUGGUGGCGGCCAGACUCGACUGACAGUGGAUGACUUGAAUUAUUUGUUUAUGGUUUAGCAUCACCUCCUGAGAUGGAACACAAUUUUGCUCAUGGAAUGGUGUAAUAGGGGCAGUGAUAGAUAAAUAUCUCGGGGAGGUAACAAAUAGCAUUUCUGUAGGGGCCUAGUGCUUUUAGUUUGUACAGGUGUUAAGAUUUUGUAGUUGAAAGGUGUCAUUGUGGUUGUUAGACCAUCCAAUUCUUUUCGCACUGCAAGUAGGGACCCUCAGGUUAACUUUCAAUUGGCUGCAAUGGUGUCGUUUGGCUAUAUGAAGAUAUGACAGAGCAAAAUGUCGUUAGCUAA